GGAAACUCAAAUUGAUCGACCACGAGAUGUGAAUGAAAGAAUCAGCAUGAGUGUUUCUGCAUGCUGCUGUAAAUCUCUUCACCACAUCACACGCUUCUAAGGGAUUGUAAUUCAUGAAUGUACAGAUUGUUUUGGUGUAAAUCUGAUGCUAAUCUUCGGGAACACGGGAAACAAAAGAAAUAACGAGAGCCUACUCAAAGUCAGACUCCUCGUCUUGGAGGUGUCAUCUGAUUUAGUAUUUCUACUAUACUGAGAUCAAAUUAUAACAGUAAACAAUAUAACGUGGAAGCAUAAUAAUUUCUUUGGGAUGCGCCGAACCAUGAUUCAUGAAAACUCGACGUAUUAAGUAGAUUGAUGAUUACUAUGUACUACAAAUAGAUGAUAUUACAACUACAACACGCAAUGCAACGAAUGUGCACAUGCACAUCUUGAUGUGGGAUACAUUUUUUUCUUGACUAGAUCUAAGAACCGGAAACACAAAUUCAUCUACACGCAGUCACAGGGAACAAUGGUGACGUGAAUUUGCUGUACUAACGAACUUCUAUGAUCAUGGGAAACAUAAUGAUAC